AUGGUGUUGCAAGCAAAAGACGCGCUGGAAUGGGUUUAUAAAGGAGAAGGCGCAGUCAAUCUGGUUCUUGCAUAUUGUGGAAAAUGUCCUGAUUUUGUCGGAAAAGUUAUACGGAUAAGAAAAGUUCCAAGGAAUGGAUCUGAAUACAAUGGUGAUUCUGCUCUUUCCACGCAUGAAUGCCUCCUAUGGGGGGAACUUGAAGGCAUUGUUUCAGAACCUACGCGGGAAAUUAUAGAGCAACUAUAUGUGAAGCAAGUAAUGUGCCCGUUGUUGGGUUCCAAACAUGUUGAUGCCGGGAUUCGUGUUCUUGUGUCCAGAGAAUUUUUGGAGGCAGUUGAAAACAAAGUUCUUUGUCAGCGUCCUUCUUGGAGAGUUGAUGAUGCCAAAGUCGAUCCGCGAUGUGAUUCUGUGCUUUUGAUUACUGAUCAUUCAAUUUUCCCUCAUGUCUCUCGUAUUAUCAAAGAAGACUUCUGCGUGUCUGUUGAGAUAAAGCCCAAAUGUGGAUUUCUUCCUAUUUCACAAUUUAUAGCACCAGAAAAUGCUGUCAAGAGAAGUAUUACUCGUUUUGAAAUGUACCAGGCUCUGAAAUUGAAUCAAGGGAAGAUAUCACAUAUUAGUAAAUAUGAUCCACUGGAUUUGUUUUCUGGAUCAAAGGACAGAGUACAAAAUGCAAUGAAGUCCCUGUUGAUGACUCCUCAGAACAAUUUCAGGGUUUUCUUAAAUGGUUCACUUAUUUUUGGAGGCUUGGGUGGUGUUGCAGACUGUACAAAUUGUAUGGUUGACCAAGCAUUUGAUUAUGCACUGAAGCAUGUCAUUCGAGCAGAAGAUGGUAUGCGCUCGAAAUAUUUCCUCGAGCUUGUUGCUGAAUCAAUUUACAAGUCAGGAUUAGUAAAUAGAGUUCUUGAAGUCCAGAAGCUUGAUAUUAUUGACAUUGAAGGGGCAAUUCAUUCAUAUUAUGAUAUUGUUUCUCAGCCUUGUAUGGUCUGCAGACAAAAAUGUGAAAAGGAAAGAUAUGCAUCUCUGCAUUCAAUUCCAAGGGAUCAAAGCUUAAAAAUUGUGAGGGACUACUUGAUAUCUGCUACCGCCAAGGACUUAAGUAUGAUGAUUAGUUUCAAAUCCAGAGAAAACGGGGACCUGGAGUCUUCAUGUAGCACUGUCUAUCUAGAAUCAACCAAUCAAAUUUUUGAUUACAAGGCAUCUUUUAUUGACCUGGACAUGAAACCAUUGAAGAAAAUGGAGUACUACUACGAGUUGGAUCAGCAGAUAAUGCUUCCUGUAUCAAACUGUAACAUAAUGCUGAAAUUGGAGAUAAUUUGA